ACACACGCUCACACACACAGAGAAAAUCCUCUUGCCUGUUGAUUUAUGGAAACAAUUAUGAUUCUGCUGGAGAAUUUCUCAGCUGAGAAAUAGUUUGUAGCUACAGUAGAGAGGCUCAAGUUGCACAAGGCAGACAACAGACAUGGAAUUCUUGUGUAUCCAGCUGUUAUCAACAGAACAAAAUUCAAGUAGCAAACAGCGUCGCAGCAACUGAGCUUACUACAACCUGCUUUUAUAAGGAUAUACUAACAGAGAGUUUUAAAAGGAGGACUCCUGUAUUGUUAUCAGGAACUAAAAGGAUAAGGCUAACAAUUUGGAAAGAGCAAUACUCAUUCUUAAAUCAAUCUACAAUUCACAGAUAGGAAGAGGUCAAUGACCUAAGGGCAACAAUCAACUCAAGAUUUAAUUUUCAUUAUGUUAUUCAUGAACACCCGGAGCACUACACUAUAAUGCGCAAAUGGAUACUGACAUGGAUCCUGCCAACUUUGCUCUACAGUUCAUGCUUUCACAUUAUCUGUCUAGUGGGCACUAUAUCUUUAGCUUGCAAUGACAUGACUCCAGAGCAAAUGGCUGCAAAUGUGAACUGUUCCAGCCCCGAGCGACAUACAAGAAGUUAUGAUUACAUGGAAGGAGGGGAUAUAAGAGUGAGAAGGCUCUUCUGUCGAACACAGUGGUAUCUGAGAAUUGAUAAACGAGGCAAAGUCAAAGGGACUCAAGAGAUGAAGAACAAUUACAAUAUCAUGGAAAUCAGGACAGUGGAGGUUGGAAUUGUGGCAAUCAAAGGGGUGGAAAGUGAAUAUUUUCUUGCAAUGAACAAAGAAGGAAAACUCUAUGCAAAGAAAGAAUGUAAUGAAGAUUGCAACUUCAAAGAAUUAAUUCUGGAAAACCAUUACAACACAUAUGCAUCAGCUAAAUGGACACACAGUGGAAGAGAAAUGUUUGUUGCCUUAAAUCAGAAGGGUGUUCCUGUAAAAGGGAAAAAAACGAAGAAAGAACAAAAAACAGCUCACUUUCUUCCUAUGGCAAUAACCUAAUCAUAUAUGGUAUAUAAGAAACCAGUUCCAGCAGGGAGAUUUCUUUAAGUGGACUGUUUUCUUUCUUUUUUCUUUUCUUUUUUUUUAAGUAACCAAGAAAGGCUGGAAAACUACUGAAAAACUGAUCAAGCUGGACUUGUGCAUUUAUGUUUAUUUUAAGAGACUGCAUUAAAGAAAGAUUUGAAAAAUAUACACAAAAAUCAGAUUUAGUAACUAAAAGUUGUAAAAAAUUGUAAAACUGGUUGUACAAUCAUGAUGUUAGUAAUAGUAAUGUUUUUUCUUAAAUUAAUUUACCCUUAAGAGUAUGUUAGAGUUGAUUAUCUGAUGAUUAUUUAAAUAUUCCUAUCUGCUUAUUAAAUGGCUGCUAUAAUAAUAAUAAUGCAGAUGAUGUUAUAUAAGAUAUGUCAGACCUAAAGGCUGCUGGAAUGACUUGUCAGAUAAUCAAGCCAAUGCUAACUAUGGAAGAUGAGCAGUAUUUGAAAUGCUUUCCACUGAAAAAUUAUAAUUCACUUAAAUUCUGAUCAGAAAAAAAGGAAUAUUCUCAAAAAUUCUAUUAUGAGAUUGAAUCAAAUAGGUAGUUUUACAAAAAUAUAGGAUUAGACCAUGUUUCUACUUAUUAAUAAGAACAAAAUUCCUAAUGCUGCUCAAACUGAAAGGGUAUUGCUACAAAGAUGUUUUUCAAAAUUUUGUAUAUAAAUUAGCAAUAAUGAUGAUAAUACUGUACUUCAUCUCACUUGUCACAAAAUAACAUUUUAUAAUCCCUAAAAGUUAAAAUUCAAAAAUUUGUAAGUUUUUUUUCAAUAACAUAAUCUAUCUUUUGUAUCAUUCAUAUUCAGGAAUAUGGCUUUUAAUAAUGUUUUUUUCCCCCCACAAAUAAUCAUGCUUUUUUUCUGUGGUUAUAGCAUUAAACUCUAUUUUAAGAUGUAUUUGAA